AUGUUAAGAGCCAGAUCAGUAUUAAGCGGCAACGUAUCGAGACGUGCGUUAGCCACUCAAGCAUUUAACUUUUCAGUUCCUCCAGAGUAUCAAUCGAGAACUCCACCAUAUUCUAAAUUGAUCAACAACUUAUCGACGGUUAAGAAAAUAUUGAAAAAUCAACCAUUGACAUUAGCAGAAAAGAUUUUAUAUUCACAUUUAUGCAAUCCAGAAGAGAGUCUUACUUCAUCCAACGUAAGUGAUAUAAGGGGCCAACAGUAUUUGAAGUUGCACCCAGAUAGAGUAGCCAUGCAAGAUGCUUCUGCUCAGAUGGCAUUAUUACAAUUUAUGACGUGUGGUAUGAGUUCUACCGCAGUUCCAGCCUCCAUUCAUUGUGACCAUUUGAUUGUCGGUAAAGAUGGUGCCGAGGAAGAUUUAGUUAAAUCCAUAGCAACAAAUAAAGAGGUUUUUGAUUUUUUGCAGAGUUGUGGUGAAAAAUACGGUAUUCAGUUUUGGGGACCAGGAUCAGGUAUCAUUCAUCAAAUUGUUUUGGAGAACUUUGCUGCACCAGGUUUGAUGAUGUUAGGUACCGAUUCUCAUACCCCCAAUGCGGGCGGUUUGGGUGCAAUUGCCAUUGGUGUUGGUGGUGCAGAUGCUGUUGACGCAUUGACUGGUACUCCUUGGGAAUUAAAAGCACCAAAGAUUUUGGGUGUCAAAUUAACUGGACAAUUAUCUGGAUGGAGUUCCCCCAAAGAUGUAAUCACUACAUUGGCAGGUAUUUUGACUGUCAGAGGUGGUACUGGAUAUAUCGUAGAAUACUUUGGUGAUGGUGUUAAAACAUUAUCAUGUACUGGUAUGGCUACUAUCUGUAAUAUGGGUGCCGAAAUUGGUGCUACUACGUCGACUUUCCCAUACCAAGAAGCCCACAAGAGGUAUUUGAUUGAGACACAUAGAGAACCAAUUGCCGAAGCUGCUGAUUUGGUGAAUUCUGAAUUUAAAUUUUUGCAAGCUGAUGAAAGGGCAGAAUACGAUAAAGUCAUUGAGAUCAAUCUUUCUGAAUUAGAGCCCCAUGUGAACGGGCCUUUUACCCCAGAUUUGUCUACUCCGAUUUCUAAAUUCGGUGAGACCGCUCAAAAGGAAGGUUGGCCAGAAACCGUUUCUGCUGGGUUAAUUGGUUCAUGUACCAACUCUUCGUACCAAGACAUGUCCCGUGCUGUUUCUAUCAUCAAACAAGCGGAAGCAGUUGGAUUAAAACCCAAAAUUCCUUUUUUUGUCACACCAGGGUCAGAACAAAUCAGAGCCACAAUUGAAAGAGAUGGCUUAAUAAACACUUUUGAGAGCAAUGGUGCCAUAGUGUUGGCUAAUGCAUGUGGACCAUGUAUUGGUCAAUGGGACAGAACCGAUGUCCCAAAGACAUCAACAGACUUUAAUGCCAUUUUCACUUCAUUCAACAGAAAUUUCCGUGCCAGAAACGAUGGUAACAGAAAUACUAUGAACUUUUUAACUUCUCCAGAUAUGGUCACAGCCAUGAUAUAUUCGGGAGAUAUGAAUUUCAAUCCAGUGACGGAUUCAAUCAAAUUACCAAAUGGUGAAGAGUUCAGAUUCCAACCACCGCAAGGUAAAGAUUUGCCACAAUCUGGAUUCAUCCCUGGCCGUUCUGAAUUUUACCCUGAAGCAAACCCACAACCAAAACCAGAAGUUGAAGUCAAUGUAUCACCAAGCUCAGAUAGAUUACAACUUUUGGAGCCUUUCCAACCAUGGUCUGGUGAAGAGUUGUCAACCACAGUCUUAUUAAAGGUCGAAGGAAAAUGUACUACCGAUCAUAUUUCAGCUGCUGGUGUCUGGUUGAAAUACAAGGGUCAUUUGGAAAACAUUUCAUAUAACACAUUGAUCGGUGCUGUGAACAAAGAAACAGGUGAAGUUAACAAGGCUUAUGAUUUGAAUGGUGAUGCAUACGGUAUUCCUGAAUUGAUGAUUAAAUGGAAGGAUGAAUCUAGACCUUGGGUUGUAGUAGCCGAACAUAAUUAUGGUGAAGGUUCUGCUAGAGAACACGCUGCAUUAUCACCUCGUUUCUUAGGAGGCUCAGUGAUUUUCGUUAAAUCUUUUGCUAGAAUCCACGAAACCAAUUUGAAGAAACAAGGAAUGUUGCCAUUAACUUUUGCAGACGAAAACGAUUACGACAGAAUUUCAUCUGGUGAUUUGUUGACAACUAUAGAUUUGAAAGAAAUGAUUGCCAAGGACGGUAACAAUGGAGGUACUUUACGUGUUAAAGUUACUAAAAGAGAUGGUUCUGAAUUUGAAAUUUUAGCCAAACAUACAAUGUCCAAAGACCAAGUUGAGUUCUUUAAAGCAGGUUCUGCUAUCAAUUACAUUGGUAACACAAAAAAGGGAUUGUAA